AUGCGCCUCCGAGUCACCGCGUCCCCGCCCCUCCCCGCCCUCAAGGCCUGGUUCCCCAUCGACAUCAGCGACGACGGCAUAAGAACCAUCCAGGCGCUCAAGGACGCGCUAUGCAGGGACCUCGGACCGCUGCGCGAUGCCGGUGCGAAACGAGGCAGCAUCGCGCUGCUCAUGGACGACUUUGAGCUCUUAGACGACACGCAGAUCGGUGUGCUGCGAGACGGCGACCUUGUGCAAAUCACGAGGUCUCUAGCACCCGAGGCUGUCCCAGCACCGGUCAUAGUCAUUCCUCCACCCCCUGUCGCAGCAGGCAGCAAACGAAAGCGCAGAGACCCGUCUCCGAGCGAGUCGUCUAGCGACACCUCCGACGCGUCUUCUCAUACGGACUCGGAAGAAUCUGAUUCAGACUCUGAUUCAGAUUCAGAUUCAAGUGACACUUCGUCCAGCUCCUCAUCCUCGACGUCCGACACCUCCGACAGCGAUUCAGACUUCAGUGCUACUAAAAAGCUCAUCACACCCCGUCGAGUCGCUAAAAAUCUAAGGUCGAGGCCGAUCACAGCGCCUGCUACCAGCGCCAAACCAAUAUCCAAGAAACCACAACCACCUCCCCCUCCGCCCUCUCAAACCGCCACCUCAUUCACCCCUCCAGGGUACGGCAAACCCGCAACCCGCAACCGCAACCAACGUCGCCGCCUCAAACGCCUCCACGAGCGCACCACCAACGCCCAACCCACCCUCGCCCCCACCGGCACCUCCGACGCAAACCUCAUCCCCCUCGGCGGCGCCGCCCAGCCCCCCACACCCAACGACCAUGCCGACGCCGAAGCAGAAGCCUUCGAAGACGCAAUGGACGAAGAUGCAUACACCCACCCCCCAGACCCGUCCACGUCCUCGCCCGCACUCAUGAUGCUCUCCUACCGCAACAAAAACAAGAAAAAGGGAUUCAAACAAUCCAUGUCGCGCCCCUUCCCACAAAACAUCAUAUUCUCCUCCGAAGAUAUCCGCUCAACCACACCCACGCCUAUCCUAGACUCAGAAUCACCCCUCUCAACCGCCAAAGCCACCACCACCCCGCCGCUCCCGCGCCUCAUCCCGCCGUCCGAAAGAACCGACAUACCCACCAACAUCCUCAUCACCAGCAUCGACGUCGAAGAAGGCCUACACACGCGCCCCGCCGUCGGCCGCAAGCGCAAAAAGACGCUCAAGCAGACCUGGGGCCACGUCUCGACGCCCGACGUGUCCAUGACGCUCGACUACGGCGCCGCCGAGGACGCACCCGAGGAUCAGAGCUCGUUCAAUCUCACUGAGCUUACGGCGACCAAGCCAACGCCAACGCCGAAUCUCGACGUCGCGUCCAUCGAAAAACGCUGGACUGUCUGCACCCCGAUCACACAGCGCGCGCAGCUCCGCGCGGGGUGCACCGUCGGCUGGAAGGCACUCGGCAUAAACCCCACAACAUGCACCCCCGAACUGCUCCUCUCCGUCGGCACAGUCCUGCCCACCUCCUCUUCCGAUGACAACGCGGAGGUCGAGCUGCAGCUGGUGCACCGGCCCGGCGAGAGCUCGUUCAGCGCCAAGCUCAGCCGGGACUCGAUCGUGAACGCGGGCUCGGGCUCGGCCUCAGAACGAGAAGGCGAAGGGGAAGGGGAGGCGGCGGAGGACGAGCCCGGGACCGAGCGCUAUCCCUGGGCCGAGUUUCUUGCGCUGGGGGCUCGACUCAUAGUAUAACACAUCGUAGUUUCUGAUUCUGAUCGUUGUCCUGCGCCGUGAAUGACGCUGCUGGUAAUCUCCGUGUCCCAGCUACACCCUCCGCACCCCAGACGAACGCCUCAACACUCCAGACCCUUGGGCCCAGCGUCUUCUCGAGCCCGGUUGCACGGAUCUCAGCAGCAGCAUCUACAUGUACAGCCCGAUAGCACGUAUCUCUUCAUGCCCGUCGUAGACUCGGACGGCAUCUUCCCUAGGAUAAUCCCAAUACACCGAUGCUUCUAGCCCUCCAUCCUCCAGAGCUUCCAUUUCCCUGUGCCUAUGACACUGUUCCCAACGGAACACACACAUCACUGACCCCCUCCCCA